CAAUCAAAACCCUACUCAUCCAUCUUUAGGGUUUUGCCAGCCUCCUCUCUCGCAGGCGGCCAUCGACGAACCCUAACCCGUUCUCUUUAGCACCUCUUCCCUUGUUCUUUCAUCGAUUUGGAUCCCGCAUCAUGGGUAAAGUAUCGAAGAAAUCCGCAACAAAGGCCGCCGCCGCUACUCCUGCCCCAGCUGCCGCCAAGCCGUUGAAGAAGGGCAAAAGAGAAGCUGAGGAAUCUGCUGAGAAGGAAACCGUGGUAGCUAAGAAGCAAAAGCUGGAGGAGAAGCAGAAGCUGGAGGACAAGAAAGCCGAAGUCAAGAGCAAGAAAGUGGUUGCUAAAAAGAAGGUUGAAUCUUCAUCUGAUGACGACUCUUCCUCGGACUCUGAGCAACCCCCCAAGGCUAAGGCUAAGGCACCACCUGCCAAAAAAGGCAAAGCAGAAUCAUCCUCAGAUGAUGAAAGCAGUGGCUUGGAGGAAGAUGCUGCCCCCAAGAAGCCAGCAACUGCAGCCAAGAAUGGGCACGUCGUAGCCUCUAAAAAGAAAGCUGAAUCAAGUGAUGAUGAUGAUUCUUCUUCUGAAGAUGAUGUUCCUGCACCUAAGAAAGCCGCUGCUGCGGUGCCACCCAAAAAGGCCUCAGCAGCUGCUGCCAAGAAGAAAGAUGAAUCAAGUGAUGAUGAUUCAUCUGAAGAGGAGUCGGAUUCCGAUGAGGAUGAGCCUGCCCCCAAGAAAGCACCAGCAGCUACUGCUAAAAGCACCCCUGCUGCUAAGAAGCAGGAAUCAAGCAGCGAAUCGGAUGAUAGUUCUGACGAGGAACCUGCUCCUCCCAAGAAAGCUCCUGCUGCUGCCGCCAAGAAAGAUGAAUCCUCUGAUUCUGAAGAUGAGUCAGAUUCUGAUGACGAUGUUCCUGCUUCCAAGAAAGCACCGGCAGCUCCUGCCAAAAGCACCCCUGCUGCUGCUGCGUCUAAGAAGAAGGAAUCAAGCAGUGAGUCGGAUGACAGUUCUGAUGAUGAACCUGCUCCCCCCAAGAAAGCUCCUGCAGCACCCGCUAAAAGUGCUCCUGCUGUCCAGAAGAAGGAUGAAUCCAGCAGCGAUGAUUCUGAGUCUGAUGAUAGUUCUGAUGAGGAUGAACCAACCCCUAAGAAAGCUUCUGCUCCUGUUAAAAAUGGCCCUGCGGCAGCUACUAAAAAGAAGGAUGACUCUAGCAGUGAUGAAGAUGAUGAUAGCAGCGAUGAGGAUGAUGAACCCCCCAAAGCUGCUUCAUUGAAGAGGCCCACUGCUGAUGCUAGCAAGGCAAAGAAGAAAGCAGAGUCUGAAGAUGAUAGUGACGAUGAUAGCUCUGAAGAAAGUGAUGAUGAAGAGCCUCAAAAGAAGAAAAUCAAAGCCACUGAACCCCCAAAGGCGCAGAAGACUGUUGCAAAGAAGAGCAGUUCUUCAGAGGAAGAAGAGUCUGAAGAAGAAGAUUCUUCAGAUGAAGAAGAGGAAAAAACUACAAAAACUCCCAAGAAAAAGGAUACUGAUGUUGAAAUGACUGAUGCUGAGAACACAAAGGGUGAAAAAACUCCCAAGACCCCUUCUACCCCCAAAGAGCAAACAGGAGGCUCGAAAACAAUUUUUGUUGGAAAUCUGUCCUUCUCUGUUGAACAAGCUGAUGUUGAGAAUUUCUUCCAAGAAGCUGGCGAAAUAUCUGAUGUUCGCUUCGCCAUGGGCCAUGAUAAUACCUUUAGGGGCUUUGGUCAUGUCGAAUUCACUACUGCUGAAGCAGCCGAGAAGGCUGUCCGUGAAUUUAACGGCAAAGAACUACUGGGCCGUCCAGUGAGACUCGAUCUUGCAAGGGAGAGGGGAGCCUACACUCCUGGUGGGAAAGAGUCUGAGUCAUUCCAGAAGCCGGUAAGAGCUCAGGGGCAAACUGUAUUUGUUCGUGGGUUCGACAAAAACGAGGGCGAGGACGAGAUUAGAGGCUCCCUCGAAGAGUUCUUUGGAUCAUGCGGUGAAAUUUCUCGAGUGUCCAUCCCGAAAGAUCCGGAAGGAAACUUUAAAGGGAUAGCCUAUGUCGACUUCAAGGACAACAAUGGGUUCAACCAAGCGUUGGAGCUCAAUGGAUCGGAAUUUGGUGAUAGUUACUUGGUGGUUGAGGAAGCCAAGCCCCGUGGCGAUAGCCGUGACAGUUCUGGCGGCGGUGGUAGAUUUGGUGGUGGCAGGAGUGGCGGCCGUGGUGGUAGUGGUGGAAGGAGUGGUGGAUUUGGUGGUGGUAGGAGUGGUGGGUUUGGUGGUGGCAGGAGCGGAGGACGUGGAGGUGGUGGUGGUAGAUUUGGCGGCGGACGUGGUGGUGGUGGCCGUGGAGGUGGCGGCAGAGGUGGCCGCGGAAAUGGCAAGCCAAGCAUGGCCACACCUGGAACUGGGAAAAAGACCACUUUUGAUGAUUGAGUAUUUACAACAUACAGAGGAGGAGGAGGAGGGAUGUGGUGACCCCAAUUACUAUUUAAUGAACUAUGAAGAAGAAAAUCGGGCAUUUGAGUAAGUUUUGAGUUUUGUUUACCUAUUUUGUUUUGUUUUAUUUUAUUUUAUUAUUUGUUGUCGAAAACUUGAGACUUAUGUCAUUUAAAUUAUAGUAUUAAAUAUUGAAUGUUUGUUUUUACCGUUCUAGACUUUGAUGCCAUAAUGAAGGAAUAUUUUUAUAUGAAUUGAAGUUUUCCAA